UGCAAUUUAGGCUGAGGGAAGAGACUACCCGGCGAUUUACUUCAACUUUCUGACCAAGCAGGCAUGCAACAAAACCAUGAUCGCAUGGCAGUGUUCUUCAUGUUACAGAUUUGUUUCCUCGUCGGUGGUAACAAGAAGAAUCCAGGUCUCACAUUUCUUGCAAUCGGAGAUUUCGGCGGAAUUCCAAGAGCACCUUACUUUACAGCUAUGCAGAGAAAGAUAGCCGAAGUUAUGGGUCAGUAUGCCGAUUCAAGAAGAGUAAAAUUUAUAAUUGGAUUAGGUGACAACUUUUACGAUAGAGGUGUCAAGACCGUGGAUGAUCCAAGAUUUACUACCACCUUUGAGCACGUGUACACGAACCCCACCCUUAAGGCAGCCACGUGGUAUAUGAUCGCUGGAAACCAUGACCACGACUCUAACGUGUCUGCACAGAUAGCUUACAGUAAAAUGUCCCGUCUCUGGCAUUAUCCUGAUUUCUUUUAUAGUCAAGUGCUUCAGAUCCCGAACACCCUUAAGACUGUUGAACUUGUUAUGUUAGAUACAACUCUACUCUGCUGCAGAAAUCAGUGGAUCGAUAAAAAGAAAUUACCGAGUCAAAAACAGCAAAUGAAGUGGCUAAAUAAAAUACUCAGAAAUUCAACAGCGGAUUACCUCAUAGUAGCUGGUCACCACCCAGUGCUAUCAAUUGGUAUCCAUGGCAACACUGACUAUCUAGUAUCCAAGCUCAAACCCCUGCUGGAGGAUAAUGACGUCACAGCUUAUUUCAGUGGACACGAUCACAAUCUACAGCAUCUCAAAGAGUCAGACUCGACAGUGCACUAUUUCGUCUCAGGAAAUGCUAAUUUUUACAGUCCGAGGAAAAGAUACGAUGAAGCCUUGCAGAAAUCACUCAUGUUUUUCAAUGGCGUUUCUGGAGGAUUUACGUUGCUCCACGCCACUCCUGAAUCACUUCAAAUCUCACAAAUCGACAGCAAUGGAAAGAAAUUGAAAACCACGAAGUUAAAACCAAGGACAAAAACCUCUAAGUGGGUUAAAAAUAUAAACUCUUAUUCGAAAUGUGCUCCGUAUUUAGCCGUUUUGUUGGUUGUUGUUGCUAUUUUUAGUGCAAGAAGUCUAAUACCUGCAGUCUGGAAAAGAUGUCUUACUUCGGCUUUAAGUACAAACACACCGGCAUCUUUACGUACCUCGUAGCUAUAAACAACCCCCACUAUGCGGGAUACGAAAUAUAUAUUGGUAAACCUCUAAAGUUUUAUAGCACUUCAACUUUUGGGUACUAAAAGGUCCUCGGUUAUCUACCAGAUAAAUCCAGAGAUCCCCGACGUUUAUAUCAGACCAUGAUGUGGCUUGUCAUUCCACAAAUGACUUGCGUUCCAUAUCUCGUAUGGAUUUUGAAUAUCGACAAAACCACACCCCAAUGACACCCUAAGCUUUUCUUGAAACCUUUUUCUGUCUUCCGGGUCUUAAGUGCCCAAAUAACUCGAAUCAGUGCCACUGAUCCUGAUUGCCGGAGUUUCGAUACCCUAUCCCUUUUCAGCGAUGUUUUUUCGUUUAUGCCACCCAAGUUCCCGCGCAUGCUCUGUGUGAUCAAAACAAGUAUUCGCCUAUAGAACUCACAGCUGGAAAGGAAAAUUUUUAAGGCUUUUGCAUU